AUGGGGUUCCUACGCUCCGCCGUGCUUUCGGCUCUCACAUUGGCUGCGGCCUGUCGCGGCCUGGCCACUGGAAUCGAGGCUGAGCCCGCUGUGGAAAAGCGAGCGUCCAGCUAUUGGUAUGAGAACAUUGCCCAUCAGGGAAUUGCACCAUUUGCCCCCAGCGGCUACUCGGUUUACCGCAAUGUCAAGGACUACGGCGCAAAGGGUGAUGGUGUUACCGAUGAUACGGCAGCAAUCAACAACGCCAUUCUGUCGGGAGGUCGAUGUGGCAGACUCUGCACCUCCAGCACUCUGACUCCCGCAAUUGUGUACUUUCCUGCAGGAACGUACGUGAUCUCAAGUCCGAUUAUUGAUCAGUACUACACCAACAUCAUCGGAGACGCAACCAAUCUCCCAACCAUCAAGGCAACCUCGGGCUUCAGCGGCAUUGCCCUGAUUGACGGCGAUACUUACUAUGGCGACAACAACCCCAACGACCCCAACUGGAUCUCUACCAACGUCUUCUACCGACAAGUGCGCAACUUCAAGCUUGACAUGACGGCCAUUCCGGCUUCGGCACCCAAGAUGUACGGUAUUCACUGGCCGACAGCGCAGGCGACAAGCUUGCAGAAUAUCCAGAUUACGAUGACCACGGCAUCUGGCAACAACCAAGUUGGUCUUUUCGUCGAGAACGGAUCUGCUGGAUUCCUCACUGACCUGACCAUCAACGGUGGCUCAAUCGGUGCUGCUAUCGGCAACCAGCAGUACACGAUGCGCAACCUGGUCUUCAACAACUGCGGCACCGCCAUCGUCAGCGGUUUCGACUGGGAGUGGGUUUACCAGGGCAUCACCAUCAACAACUGCGGCGUGGGCCUCGACAUGACAGCCGCCGAGUCCAUCACGCUCCUCGACAGCUCCAUCACCGGCACGCCCGUUGGAAUCAAGACCAGCUUCACCGCAAACCAGUCGCCCGCCACGUCCAACAGUCUCAUCAUUGAGAAUCUGGCUCUCAGCAACGUCCCCGUGGCUGUUCAAUCGUCCAGCGGCGCCACUAUCCUGGCUGGAGGAACUACGACAAUUGCUGGCUGGGGUCAGGGACAUGAAUAUACGCCCAAUGGCCCGAAUACCUUCCAGGGCAGCAUCACGCCAAACUCUCGUCCCUCGUCGCUGCUGAGCGGAUCCAAGUAUUACACGCGCUCAAAGCCGCAAUAUGAGACUCUGCCAGUUUCCUCAUUCAAGAGCGUCCGAUCUGCUGGUGCUACCGGUAAUGCCGUCACGGAUGACACCGCUGCUCUGCAAAGCAUCAUCAACAGCGCCACCGCUGCAGGCCAAGUCGUCUACUUUGACGCCGGUAUCUACCGCAUCACCAGCACGCUCAAGAUCCCUCCCGGCGCCAAGAUUGUCGGAGAAGAGUACCCCAUCAUCAUGUCUUCUGGCAGCUUCUUCAACGACCAAAGCAACCCGAAGCCCGUGGUCCAAGUUGGCACACCCGGCCAGACUGGACAAGUGGAGUGGUCAGACAUGAUUGUGUCUACACAGGGAACUCAGGCUGGCGCUGUCCUCAUCGAGUGGAACUUGGCCACCUCUGGAACUCCCAGCGGCAUGUGGGAUGUGCACACGAGAAUCGGUGGCUUCAAGGGAUCGAACCUCCAGGUUGCGCAAUGCCCCGUUACUGCGAGCAGCUCGGCUGUGAACACGGCUUGCAUUGGAGCGUACAUGUCCAUGCACAUUACCGCCAGUGCCAGCAACUUGUACUUGGAGAAUAACUGGUUCUGGACUGCGGAUCACGAUAUUGACGACUCAAGCAACACGCAAAUCACAAUUUUCAGCGGCAGGGGUCUGUACGUUGAAAGCACAGCAGGAACAUUCUGGUUCGUCGGAACUGCUGUUGAGCACCACACUCUCUACCAGUAUCAGUUUGCCAGCACGCAGAACAUCUAUGCCGGCGUCAUUCAGACAGAGACACCAUACUACCAGCCAAAUCCCAAUGCUCCAACGCCCUUUGCCGUCAACUCUGCUCUCAACGACCCCGUCUUUCCCACCACUUGUCCCAGCCCCGGGCGUUGCGCUGAGGCUUGGGGCCUGCGAAUCGUUAGCUCUAAAAAUAUCUUCAUCUACGCUGCCGGCCUGUACUCGUUCUUCAUCAACAACAACGGCACCACUCUGAAAGCUUGUGACGCGGCUCUUGGCCCAGAAAACUGCCAGAACAAUAUCUUCGACCUCGAGGGCACGUUGUCCAACAUCAACGUCUACAACUUGGGAACCGUUGGCGUCCUCAACCAAAUCACGCAAAACGGAAACACGCUUGCGACUUCUCAGUCCAACGUCAACGCUUUUGCCGAUGUUAUUGCUCUUUUCCGACUUGCUUCUGGAAGUGGAGGCGUGACUCCUCCUCCUUCUAGCACAACCUCUGCGAGAUCUACGACGUUUUCUACCAUCACCACCAGCUCGCCGCCAAAGGUAACUGGAUGGAACUUUUUGGGAUGCUACUCUGAUAAUACCGCCGGCCGAACUUUGGGCAACCAGGUCCAGGUCUCAGGAGGUGCAUCUGCCAUGUCGAUUGAGGGUUGUGAGACAGCCUGCAAAGCUGCCGGAUACACCAUUGCGGGCCUUGAGUACUCGGGAGAAUGCUGGUGUGACACCAAGUUCCAGAAUGGAGGCGGCCCUGCCUCUGACGGAAGUGCGCAAUGCACCAUGACUUGCAGCGGUGCGCCAUCGGAGACUUGCGGAGGCCCGAACCGCCUCGAUGUCUACAGCCUGGCUACCGCAACUGGAAGUGCUUCACCUCCAGCAUCUACCGGAUGGAACUUUAGGGGAUGUUAUACCGACAGCGUCAAUGCUCGCGCGUUGACUGCCGAGGGUGUUCCCAACGGUCCCACGUCCAUGACUGUUGAGGCGUGUCAAAGCGUGUGCAAAGGCCUGGGCUUCACCCUUGCAGGUCUUGAGUUUGCCGAUGAGUGCUACUGCGGUAACAGCCUUGCCAAUGGAAACACCAUUGCUCCAGAUGGAAAUACCGGGUGCAACAUGGCCUGCGCCGGCAACGCUGCUGAAACGUGCGGAGGAUCCAACAGAUUGGACAUUUACAGCUUCGGCCAGGCUAAUGGAACCCAGCCACUGUAA